CAACAAAUUUAAAGUAAGUUUUUGUUUAGUUUCGCUUUGUACACAGACGCAUAGAGUUCACUUGCUGCACCGUGUAUGUGUUACUUUUCAGGAUAAAACAAUUGUACUUGCUGGAAAGAUGCUGAAAUUUGAUUGGUCAAAUGUAUCUUACGAAGAAAUCACUUCGACUAUAAUGGCAAAGAUUGAAAAGCGACAGAAGAACCUGAAACUGAAAAGCAAUAUAUGUGAGCUUGUCACUGAAGAUGGUUGCAAAGUCUACCUGGUUGGCACAAUUCACUUCAGUAAGCAAAGCAUCAAAGAUGUACAACAGAUCAUCCAAGAAGUGCAACCAGAUGCUGUGGUGUUGGAAGUUUGCCAAUAUAGAGAACAACUGUUAACAUUAGAUGAACAGUCAUUAUUAAAUGGAAGCAAGACGUUUGACACACGCACAAUGCUGCAUUCAAUAAAGCAGUUUGGAUUGAUACAUACGUUGUGGUCAAUGCUGUUUCUGAGAAUUUCAGCUUAUCUGAUUGACGAGCUGGGCAUGGCCCCAGGUGGGGAAUUCAGGAAAGCUUUCAGAGAGGCUCAGAAAAUACCAUUUUGCAAUGUUUAUUUGGGGGACCGGUCAAUUUUCAUCACUUUCCAAAGAGUUGCUGCUGCGCUUUCCUUCUGGGACCUGGUGAAGGCAUUUGUAGGCUUUAUUUACGUCAAAUCCAGCACUGUUUCAGUUGGCAAAGUGAUUAUGAAGGAGCUGAAACAAAAGGAUAGGCUGGAGGAAGAAAUCCAAAUGACAAUGAAGAAGGUUCCUGAGUUUUAUCGUGUUCUUGUAACAGAACGGGAUGCCUAUUUAACACAGUCCCUGAAGCAAGCAGCAAAGCCUAUAGUACUACCUAAAAUUUUACGAUCUGAUACUCAGACAUUUAUACCAUCAGUUGUGGUAGGAGUGGUUGGAAUUGGCCAUGUGGCUGGAAUUAAGAAGAACUGGAACAAAAAAUUUGAUACUCAGGAAUUGGUUCGGUCGCCAAAUCCUUCUCUGUUUACAAGAGUUCUGCAGAUAGCUUUUGUUGUUACCAAAUAUGGCCUGAAGAUGAUCUUCUACUACAAAACAGCACAAACAUUGAUUUGGUUAUUUUGUUAAACAUGGAUGAUAGAUUUAUUUUAACAGCAUUCACUGCAACUGUAUAACUUUGUGAACAUGAGACUGAUGCUGUCUUUUUGUUGGCAAAAUCCUUUGCUUUAAAGUGAAUUACUGAUUUAUCACCUUAGUUUAUAAUGUUUACAUGGAAUAUGACUUUAUUCUGUUUCUUCAGAAUCUAAUUUGUCACUAGGGCAGUGACUGGAAAACAAAAACAGCAUUGAAAUAUGAAUUUCAUUUCUUUCCUACAAGAGGAUAUAUAAGAAUCAGGCUUUUCUAUUGUAACCAUGAUAGGUUCUACAAAUAUCAAUGUGAUGCUGUACCAUGUGAUAGGCAGGGAAAUUCAGUGACGGACGGAUAUUAAAAUUAUUCAGUUAUUUAGCAGUAAGAAAUUUCAGCAUCUGACAUUGCAAGAUGUGAAAUGUAGGCUAUUAAGUGGGGAAAUUGAUACUGUGACUUAUGAAUGCAAUAUAAUUAUUUUGCAUGACAAAAACAUAUGUUGUUUUAUUCAAAUAUGAGAUGUAAGACUGUAAUUAUCUGUAAUUUUCAAUUCCAAGUGAUUCUGGGUUGUGCAAUAUGGUUUUUUCUUACUCUGCUUUAUGCUGUAAUGCACCCAUUUUUUGAUUGCAUGUAAAAUGUUGCUGAUCCUAAAUUGAAUCAAAAUGAAUUUUUGAUUGUCCUAAAUUAUUUUAAACAAUGAACCUUCUUUGAUUAUUUUGUAGGAGAAUUGAAGAAUCUGGAUAGAUGUGCUGCUUGAUGGUCUUAAAUCAUUACUUAACUAUGAUAGAGAAUGAUUAUGUAUGCACAUUUCUUCCUUCAUGCUAAAUGCAGUUACUAAUCUUGGUUAAGUUGUUGAGUGGGGUGUGAGUCAGCCUUCUAAGGCUCUCUGCAAGGGGGGAAUGGAAAAAAGAACAAUCAUCUUUAUGCAGUUUUCACAUCCCUCUGUAUCCGUGCUUAGAUGUUGGUUCACAGUAGUGGCUAUAUUUUGAGUUCCUUGACUAAUAUGGGUUUUAUAAUUUAGGGUAUUAAACAUUGUCAGCCACCCAUGCUAUUGUCCACCUUAUUUUUUAAAUUCUGUCAUGAGAUAUGGGUAUUGGUGGUGAAGGCCUGCAUUUUUAGCUCAUUCCUAAUUGUCCUUGUGAAUGUGAUGGUGAGUUGCCUUCUUGAACUACUGCAGUUGACCUAGUGUAGGUACACCCACAGUGCUGUUAGGAAGCGAGUUCAAGAACUUGGUCCAGUGAAAAUGAAGGAUGAUGAUACAUUUCUAAGUCAGGGUGAUGUGGGCUUGAAGGGAAGCUGGCAAGUGGUGGUAAUUCCUGUAACUGCUUCCUUGUCCUUCAAGUGGUAGCGGUGGUGGGUUUGGAAAGUGCUGUUAAAGGAGUGUUGUUGAGUUGCUGUAGUUCAUCUUGCACAUUGUUGUCACUGUGUGUCUUUGGUGGAUGGAAGGAAUGUUGAGUGGUGAAUGAGGUGUCAAUCAAAUGGUCUGAUUGCUCCUGGAUGGUGUCAAGAUUCUCAAGUGUUGGAAGUUGCACCCAUCAGGCAAGUGGAGAAUAUUCUAUCAUAUGCCUAGGUUGUCUCUUAAAUGGUGGAGAGACUUUAGGGAGCUAGAAAUCCCAGCUCUGACCUGUCAAAAUGUUUACAUGGCUCUUCCAAUUCAGUUGCUUCUCAAUGGCAACCACCAGAAUAAUGAUAGAGGGGAAUUCAGCGAUGGUAAUGACACAAAAUGUUAAGGGGAGGUGGUUAGAUUCUCAUUUAUUGAUGUUGGCCAUAUGCCAGUGGUAGAGCAUAAGUCUGGUAAAGAAAGUGUUUAGCAUGCUUGCCUUCAUUGGUCAGACUGUUGAGUAUAAGAGUUGGGACAUCAGAUUGGGGCUGUAUAGGACAUUGUUGAAGCCACUUUUGGAGCACUGCGUUCAGUUCUGGUUGUCCUGCUAGAGGGAGGAUGUUAUUAAAUUGGAAGGGGUGCAGAAAAGAUUUACAAAGUCAUUACCGGGACUGGAGGGUUUGAGUUAUAAGGAGAGGCUGGAUAGGUUGAGACAUUUUUCAUUGGAGCAUAGGAGGCUGGGAGGUUACCUUACAGAGGUUUAUAAAAUCACGAGAGGCAAAAGUGAAUAGUAAAGGUCUUUUGCUUCGGGUGGGGAAAUUCAAAACUAGAUAGCAUAGUGUUAAGGUGAGAGGAGAAAGACUAAAUAGGGACCUGAGGGGCAACUUUUUCACACAGAGGAUGGUGCAUAUAAGGAAUGGACUGCCAGAGGAAAUGGUAGAGACAGGUACGGUUACAACAUUUAAAAUACAUUUGGGCAGGUUCAUGAAUAGGAACGGUUUAGAGGGAUAUGGGCCAAACACAAGAAAAUGGACUAGUUUAGUUUGGGAAACCUCAUCGGCUUGGAUGAGUUGGACUGAAGGGUCUGUUUCUAUGCUGUAAGACUCUAUAUCUCUAUGAUUCUUAGUGAUAGGUGGGUACAUUUGCAGAGUGUGAGAUAUUGAUGAAAAGAUAGUGGUGCAUAUGCUAGCACAGUGGAUAAAAUCAUUGAUCAGGUGCCAAGGAUGAUCAAUAGGAUGGGUCUAGAAUCAGCAAGAGUAGCACAAUCAGGCAGGGUUAGUUAAUGAAGCAGGCUUGAUGAGAUGUGGUGAGAAAGCUUGCUAGGCCUCAUGGAGAGAAAUCCUUCAUGAAACUUGAUGAGCUGACACUUAGCCAAAAUUAUAUAAGAUUCAGCAGAUUGAAACCUGUCAGUUGAGGCUGGCAUCAAGCAACUCACAUCUGCUGUUUUAUGGAUUCUGUUUUGUAUGAUAAGCUGCAUAUUUUGGACACAAGAAGGUUGCCUGAAACUAUCCAGCUUGGAAAGACAAUGAUGCCAGACUGGGGAGUACUCAAAUGAACUAAUGAACCAUAUUUUAGUCAUUGGUUAGCAAAGCAGCAUGCAGAGACAAAGAAAAUAGAUUGGUAUUAGCAAUGGCAUGGAGUGCUCUCUCCCUGUUUACUUCUCAUCAGCUUCAAAGCCAACAUCGGUGUUAAAAUGAUAGGAGUAAGAUCUAUUCACUGAGAACUCAAGAAUUAUACACAUCUCACUGGUACUGAGAAUACACAACAUCAACUAAGCAGUCAUGGUCUCAGUUCAAGUAUAACACUUCAAAUACUCCGUGAACUUAUAAUACUGCAUGAUUUUAACUUCCUAUUGUAUUAAACCAAAAGGUUUUUGAACUUAUACCUACGUUUUUGUGUAUGUUGCAUUUCGCUUUUCAUUGUUUUUUCUCAGAGUUGAUAUAUACUAACAUUUUUCUUUGCAAUUGACUCCAUAAUUAUGACCUUAUGGCAUUGUUUUGAUUGAUGUAUGAUAUAAUUGCAUGUUAAAGAGAUUUCAAAAUCUUCGUUGUGGCCAAUGAGAGUAGUGAAAAGAGGGGAACUGAUUCAUCGCUCCUCACCUGCUCUUAAUAAAAAAAAAUCAGUGAGUUUAA